CCGGAAGUCAAAUUCCAAUUAGUGUAAUAAACCUUAAUACAAGGUGUUCCUGAAAUAAGCAUCUCGCUUGUUCUUACUUGCGGAUACGCCAUCCACUAGGAAUAGUUCGAUACCAUCGAGAAAAAAAAAGCGAUCAUUGCUUCUACUGAACACUAUUUGACCACGAAUAAGAUGUAGCAAUGUGUGGAUAGCCAAAGUGAUGUUGCAAUAAUUCUUUUUAAUAAUUACCCUAAUUUUACAGCCUUUGUUGGGGAAUUGAUAUGGGUUGAUAACCUGCAUGUAAGCAAAAGAAAGAAAAAUAUUUUUAUUGCCUUGCGAUACUGGCAUGGCUCUAAUAAUACCGCCUAAAAAAAAACUUCAGUUCGUAUACACAGGAGCCUUUUUUUGCCUAUGAAGCCGGACCCACAUUUUUAUAACCAUUAAAUAUAUAUAUUCUAAAAAGAACAACCCAUAACCAAAUUUUACCCCUGCACGCACAUUCCAUCAUCAUUAGUACAUUUGCUGCUACUUUUAUAACACCCAUUUUUUUUAAUAGACUGCAUUUUUUGGCACUAGUUUAUACUCAUUACAUUAGCAUAGUCCCCGCGCGGAGAGAACAUUAGUCAUCUGCUUACCCCUUCAAAUCGUCAUAACUACAAUGGUUACCAUCAAUUUUGAGCCAUUAGAGCACUUGCCCUACAUUGCCGAACAUAUCAGUCCCGAAGAACGAGCCCAUGUCGAGCAAUUAAUCGCUAUGGAAUUGUCCAAUCAAUUUAACAACAAUGUCACUAAUAUGGUGGAACAUACCUAUACUAUUCACCAACAAGAUAUACAUCAACAACAGCUAGAGGCCCAACAAUUACAACAGUUACAGCGUCCAACUCAUGACGCAUCUAAUCAACCUUUGCAUCCUAUGGUGGAUCAAAUAUUGCCCUUGCCUACCAAUCAACAUAUACCCAACAACCUCUUGAACAAUAUGGAAAGACAACGGUACGAAGAGGAGGACGAGGAAGAAGAUAUUCAUGAUGGCGAAGGAAUAGAUUUAUCGAGAUAUAAUGGUUUUAUUUCUUCUCCGCUAGAAGGUUCUUCAUCCUCUGACUCUCAACACAACUAUAACAAUUUGUAUACCACGUUGGAAUACGCUCAUUUACAAGGGAGAAACUUGGAUUUACUACGGAAGAACCAAGCGGAAUUGUCACAUCUACAACUGAGACAUUUGCAAGAGUUGGAAGGAAUCAAUCAAGAAUUGCAAGACAAAUUAAACAACAAGAGACAAAUGAUCGAUGACGUGGAGCUGACGCGUAAAAGACGUCAAGUUUCGGAAUACAAGCCAGUCAAUGAUUAUUUUCAACAGAAAUGGGAAGAAGGGAUUUCUUCAGCUGUUGAAUUGAACAUCGAAGCGGCUAACAUGAAACAACAGGAAUAGUAAGACAAACAUGCAGUGCAUGUUUUUAGUAUUUUUUAUGAUUAACGAUUUGAAUAUACGGGUGUACAUUUAGUGCAUGUAUCUCUAUAAAAUUAUCUAUCGUAGUAAACCAUUUGUGCUUUUGGUUGCCUCCUUCUUUUUCCGGAAUAUCAUGUCUGAUUUAAGACUUCCAAUAUUAACAAUUCUGGGGCAUCCCUCGCGAUGCUUCUCUUGUCGAACACAUUCAAGACAGUAGUACGCUGGUACACCCGAUUCACAAUUAUCACCCAAAUAGUUGGAACAUGUGAUACAUUUAUUAUACAAAUGACCUAAGGAACAAUCGUGACAUAUAUAGACUUUAGCAGUUGGUUUAACAAAGGAAUCACAAAUUGGACAUUUCCCAUCACAUUGCGGGCACACUAGUCCUACAGACUUGCCUGGUUGUUUCAUACACUGGAUCAAGUCAUACUGAUGUCGCGACAUUUUUCUCUAUACCAACACUCGUAGUUCCCAGUUAACCUUGUUUUGGUU